AUGCCUCAGACUGGUAUUUCAUGCUCCUCAUCCCUGGGCAUCCGCCUUGAUGGGAAUCAGCGAUAUGCUCCAGGCGACACAAUCACCGGACACGUCUAUCGAAGGAAUCACACCAUAAACACCAAUGCUUCCAUCUUCAUCUCAGUGUCGGGCAGGUCCAAGACCAAGAUCAGAGUCAACCAUUCAGACGACAUCAAGCGAGGCCGUUUCAACUUCAUCUCCGCCAAAACUCGACUGAAGAUCUUUCAGGGCCCUAUCCAUAUUGGAGCGAGUGGCGAAGAGCAGGUCUGGCCCUUUUCUAUUAUCUUACCGAAAUACGUCAAUCCGAGAUCCCUUAGAAACGACAAGCAGCGCGAGAGCUUCUUGCCCUUGCACAGGGAAGAGCAUGUUCUCCCGUCAACGUUUAUGUAUUCCGUUGAGGGGGAAACUCAGGCUUUCAUCGAGUACUAUUUGACAGCUACACUGAAAUUGGGUGGGAGAAACAAACCCGUUGAAGCUACGCUUCCGAUCACAGUGAUGAGCACUCUGAGCCAUCCCAUCACGGACUUUCGACUUCACAGGGCGCGGAGUUAUCACAAGAUUGCGGCCUAUCGUCUGCUCCCGGGGAAUGAAGAUGCUAAGCUCUCGUUCUCUCAACAUCUCAAGCAGAUGUUCCAAACAACGAGCGUCCCCGUAUUUGCCUUUGACCUGUUUUUUGGCCUCCCAACCAUUAUCCAACUCGACAAUCCAGACCUUCUGCCUGUGCAGUUGCAUAUCUUUCCAAACAGAAGUGCCACGAGCAAAGCCAUCCGCGAUUUGCCGCAAAGGGUUGAACUGUCAUUUAUUUCUAUCAAGAUUGUCAGGACCACAAAACUCCUCUGCGGAGGGAUCUUGUCUUCCCAUUCGAAGGAGAGCUCCACAGAACUCGACCUAGAUGUCAUGGAUUCUCUUUCCAAAUACAAAGGCGGCAUAUACAUACCCUGUGCGAACGGCAGCCCUCCCAUCGAUCUUAAGGGAAUGAUUGAUUUGCGUCUCGGACGCCACGGCCGUCAAUAUUACAGGUCUCCAACCUUUACCACAUACAACAUUCGCCAAACCCACAGUUUUAAAUGGGAGUUCAGAGGGGCGAUAGCUGGACAGUACUUCAGAGUGAACGGGAUCUCUCCAGUAACAUUGAUGGCCCCAAGUGGCGAGCACAAUCCAGGACCGGUUCAACAGGAUGAAAAGGCCCCUAUCGCAAACCAUGAAACAGAGAACGAACCCUUUGUUGGACCCUCUCAAAUAAUACGGAACGACUAA